AUCGAUCGAUACCCAGCUUCUGUGUCAAUUCCUCCGUGCUUCAAUUUUUUCUACUCGUUUAUCAUGGCACUUUGAGAAUAUAAUGCGAUUCUCAUGAGAUUUCCUAGUGAGCUGUGAUGCUGUGUUUUGGACACUCAGAGGAAAAGUUUCAGGUCUCACAAGACGAAAACCAUGAUGGAAAGGUGUUGGAAAGUGUCCGUGAUCCUCCUGAUCGCUAGUGAUCUGUCGUCUUUCACCUGGGGCGCGCCCACGCCUAACGCACCGAGCACGUACAACACGCCUGACGCACCGAGCACGAUCAACACAACAAACGCACCGAGCUCAUACACCCAAGUGAACACAAAAAACACGGAGGUGAACGACAGUCACAAUCACAAUCAGAUUACAUCAGCAGCUAACAAUUCUACCGCAAUCAGCUUGAAAGGAAAAACCAAUGGAGUUUCGCAGACCAGUUGCCAAGGUUGCAAAGCCCACAACUCCCACAACGGAGACAAAAAUAUCAACGUCCAGACGAAUUUCGUGAAGGAGACGCAUAAUCAUUACUAUGGAGAACCGGCACCAGCAAAACAGGAAUAUCCGCCGAAUCAGGAAUAUCCGUCAAAGGAGCAAUCUCAACCAAAACAGCAAUAUUAGUAUGUGACCGUCCACAGGGGAAGAGCUACAUCGAUGGCGAGGGUGCUUUAAAACGCC